GUGCACGCGGUGCGGCUUCCACAACUACAGCUCCAAGAUCCAAUGCACGCAGUGCGGAGCUCCGAUGCCUCCUGGGGCGAUGGCCGGCAUGCCCGCGCUGCCGGGGGUCCCGAGUUCGGGCACGGCGAUAUGAGGCGGGUGCGCUCGGAGACUGUCCCCAGGCAGCCAGGGGCGAUGAUCCGCGGCGUCGGAGAGGAUGGCUUGAGAGAGGGGCUCGCGCUGAGCGGCGAAAGCAGCGAUGGGCUCGCGGGGGGCCAGGGGCGGGAUGUCGCAGGGGAGUGGGUCAGCUCUGCGCACUUACCAUCUUCAACCAGUCAUGAGCCACGGACCAUGCGUCGAUCGUGGCAUGUGAUCUGAGUCCCUAUGUCGCGCGAGAGCGGAAG